AAACAUGAAAGAAAAAGUGAAAACAUUUCAAUUUCAACGAGCACCGAAAAAAAGAAAGUUUCUUUUUCUUAUUUUUAUUUUUCUUCUAUUCUUAUCAGUUGGAAUUUUGAGUUAAAUGCAGGGUCAAAUAAUAUCAUUUGAAAGUCUAGAAAAACUUUAUGCAAUUCAAAAAGUCAAUUUUGGUGCCUCAAAUCAACGAUGAAUCCAAGAGAUUUAUUUCCCGUGCUAUUUUGUGGGCUUUCCAUUCCACUGUCGAUGUUCAUGUGGAUUGGAAAUGUGGCGUUUUCAAGGUUGUCCCAAUCCAUUGAUGACGAUGAACAAAGAGUGAUUCCGCCCACACGAUGGUUGUUCUCGACAUUAGCGCCUCUGCUGUUCGCUGUGGUUGCGUUGAAGAGGAAAUCUGUUGACAAGUCGGGAGCUGCGCUGGGAAUUGUGGUGGCUUUUGUUCUGUCCAUAUCUAGUCAUAUGUUCUUUGCGUGUUUAGUUACGUUCUUCUUUUCCUCUUCUCGCGCUACAAAAUUCCGGGCUCACAUCAAAAAGAAGAUCGAGAAAGACUUUAAAGAUGGUGAAGGUCAGCGUAAUUGGGUUCAAGUUCUCUGCAAUGGAGGGAUGGCCACACAAUUGGCGAUUCUCUAUAUCAUCGACUGUGGCAGCAGUGAGCGUCCCAUCGACUUUCAGCAGCACUAUCGAUCCAGCUGGCUUGGAAUCGCAGUUCUUAGUGCCUUAGCAUGCUGCAAUGGAGACACCUGGGCCAGUGAGCUAGGUUGUGUUCUUAGCAAAUGCGACCCGUUCCUAAUCACCACCCGAAAACGUGUCCCUCGUGGCACAAAUGGAGGUGUGUCCAUGGUUGGGUUGCUGGUCAGUUUCCUCGGAGGAAUCGUCAUUGGCCUAACUUACUACCUAACCCUCAUCUACACAGUUGAAACAAAAUCCCUCCAACACAGUCCGCCUCAAUGGCCAGUAAUCUUUUACGGCGGACUUGCUGGAUUCUUUGGCUCCCUCGUCGAUUCAUGGUUAGGUGCGACAAUGCAGUAUUCUGGCAUCGAUGAGGAUUCAAAGAUUGUCUGUGUUCCUGGGGAUAAUGUCCGACACAUAAGUGGCCUUAGAAUUCUCGAUAAUCACAGUGUGAACUUGAUUUCGAGUAUUAUUACUGGGGUUACCAUGCCAUUGGUGGCCUUGAAAUUGUGGCCAGAAAUAUAAAACAAAUGAAUCUAGUCGCAAAUCUAGAAGCAACAGUGAUGUGUAGCGCAGCUAAGUUUGUUUUAUCUUUUUUUUAUUCGUGACUAACUCGCGUGUUCAUGGAAUUCUCGAAUAUUUUCAGAUUCUUUAUUUAUUUUAAGCAAAUUUAUGUGAACUACGCAUGCAUCAAAUCAGAAUCACACUAUUUAUAAUUAUUUUUUAAUGUAAGAAAAUAUUUUAUUGUUUGCUUAGCUAACUUCUUAUUAAUUCAUACCAAGUCAUUUUUUGUGAAAUAAAUUUAUAAUUGUUUAAACAAUCAAAA